AUGAGUUCGAUUGGCACUGGAUACGAUCUCGCUGCUGCAACAUUCUCACCGGAUGGACGUAUUUUCCAGGUUGAAUAUGCCCAAAAAGCUGUUGAUAAUGGUGGUACCAUGAUCGCUAUACGAGGAAAAGAUGGCGUCGUUACAGCAGUUGAUAAGCUAAUUACCUCGAAAUUAUAUGUAGAAAAUGCGAACCCAAGAAUGGCAAAUGCAGGCGAAUAUAUCGGCUGUGCGAUGGCAGGCAUAUAUCCAGAUUGUAGAGCACUUUUAGAUUAUGCAGUAAGUGAGGCACUCAAUUACCUGAAAGAAUAUCGAGCACCAAUUCCUAUCAAAAAGCUUGCAAAUCAGUUAGCCGAAUAUGUUCAUGUAUAUACGCUUGGUAUUAGUAGGCCCUUUGGGGCUUCAAUAUUCUUGACUGCUUGGGAUAAAAAGAAUGGUUCUCAGUUAUUCUUGUUGGAGCCUUCAGGUCUGUGUUAUGAGUACAAAGCAUGGGCAAUUGGUAAGCAUCGUCAGGCAGCUAAAACAGAAAUCGAGAAGCUGAAAUUUGAAGAUAUUCCGAUGCAGCAGUUGGUUAAUGAAGCAGCACGAAUAAUUUUGAUGGUGCGAGAUGAAGCAAAAGACAAGAAUUUACAGGUGGAAAUGGGUUGGGUAGGCGAAAUUACUGGUGGAAAACAUGAGAUUGUUCCGAAAGAUAUAGUAAAAGAAGCGGAAGCAUGGGCUAAAACGAAAUUAGAAGAAGAUGAUAUGGAUGAUUGA